UCGGUUUCAGGAGAGAGGGGCAGCCCAAAGAAGCACACAGCAAUCAGGCUUGCUCCGUAAGAAAGACAGUUAGCAAGAAAAAUAUACAGCAAAUCAAACGAACAAUGAAACCGAUCGAGUAAGGCUUGUGAAACAACUGCGGCAGAAUAUAUCUCACUCAGUGACACGUUAACAAAGCUCUUUGAUCACACAGUCCAGAUUAGAGGAUAGAGAGCUGUGUCAUUGAGCAGGCAGGACACGUCAGGAGAAGGGAGAAAAAAAGCUGACCGACUGCACUGUACGAGUCAGCUAUCAAAUCGCCUCUGAAAAGAUCUGCCUGACGCACUCAUUUUUCAAGGACACCACCUUUUGCUUUCGAAAGGAGGGAAGGAUCUCGACAGACAUUGCCGAGGUCGAAGCUGGUGAUCAGAAGGACCAAACGAUCACGGGAUAGCAUUUGUGUGUGGGGGGAGAAAACAAAUGGGGGAUUACGGGUUUGGAGUCCUAGUUCAAAACAACACUGGCAACAAGUCUGCUUUCCCAGUCCGAAUCCACCCGCAUCUGCAGCCCCCACACCACCACCAAAAUGUGUCGCAGAGCCCUGCUGCUUUCAUAAACAGCACCACAGCCGCAGGGAAUGGCACCACAGGAGGCUCUCCCUGGCUCUUCCCUGCCUCUGCCACCCAUAACAGCGUGCAAGACGAAAUCCUGGGGGGCCAAGAGAAGCCCAAAGCACAGCAGCAACAGGAAAUGCAAGAAACGCAAGAAAAGCAGCAACAGUUGUCCCCUGGGAGUCACCAGGAGGUUGGAAAUGGUGGUGGGAUCAUUUCAGAACUGGAAAAAGCCCGGUCAGAGGAUGCCAAGACUGACAACGGCACGUCUGAAGGAAGUAACGGAAAGGAGAAGCAGCUACGUCUUGAGUCACCUGUCUUGACAGGCUUUGAUUACCAGGAGACAUCUGGUCUUGGGGGAAAUGGCCCCGUGCAGUCUAGUACAACCUCGUCAUCGCUUACUGGCUUCAAUAAUUGGUCAGCUGCCAUUCCACCGGCGCCAUCAACCAUCAUCAAUGAGGACGUCAGCUUCUUCAACCCGGCCUCUGCCAACAAUGGGCCCCUGCUGUUCCAGAACUUCUCACACCAUGUCAGUCCAGGGUUUGGUGGGAACUUCUCCCCUCAAAUUGGACCAGCGGCAGCCUUGUCCCAGCACCACGCGGCUCCUCCACCACACCCUCACUUCCAACACCCUCAUAGCCAACACCAGCAGCAUCGACGUUCCCCGGCCUCUCCACACCCUCCUCCGCCCUUUCCUCACAGGAAUCCGGCUUUCAGCCAGUUGCCGCAUUUGUCCAACAGCCUGAACAAGCCCCCGUCCCCUUGGGGUCCAGCCAGCUACCAGAGCCCCUCUCCCUCCCCUGGCUCCUCCACAUCCUGGAGUCCGGGAGGAGGCUAUGGUAGUGGUGGCGGUGGCUGGGGAGGGUCUCAGGGCAGAGAUUAUCGCAGAGGGCUGAAUGGCGGGAUGACCCCCAUCAACUCUAUCUCUCCACUGAAGAAGACCUUCCCAAACAACCAUGUGGCAUCCCAGAAGUACCCUCGAAACAGUCCCGCAGGCUUCAACCCCAAGUCUUGGAUGGAUGAUGGAGUUGGCCGCAGUGAUAACAUCUUCCCCUUUCAGGAGCGCACCAGGUCCUUUGACAGCUUCAACAUGAACACACUGGAGAGCUCCCUGAUCGACAUCAUGAGGGCCGAGCAGGACACCCUGAAAGGUCGCCUGGGUUUCCCCCAUCCAGGAGGAGACAACCCUCUGCCACUCAAUGGCCACUCAUCUCUGUUCCCCAUGGAGGAUGGUUUCCCUGACGAUGAUCGUGGUGAUCAGGGUCUUGCAGGCCUGGGUUCCCCUCACUGUUUCCCACACCAGAACGGAGAGCGCGUUGAACGCUACUCACGCAAGGUCUUUGUGGGAGGUCUGCCCCCUGACAUAGAUGAAGACGAGAUAACUGCCAGUUUCCGGCGUUUUGGACACCUGUUUGUGGACUGGCCUCACAAAGCAGAGAGCAAAUCCUAUUUUCCACCCAAAGGCUACGCCUUCCUGCUGUUCCAGGAUGAGAGCUCAGUGCAGGCUUUGAUCGAUGCCUGCAUUGAAGAGGACGGCAAGCUUUACCUCUGUGUGUCCAGCCCCACCAUCAAAGACAAGCCGGUCCAGAUCCGCCCGUGGAACCUGAAUGACAGCGACUUUGUGAUGGAUGGAUCCCAACCUCUGGACCCGAGGAAAACCAUCUUUGUGGGAGGUGUCCCUCGUCCGCUCCGUGCAGUGGAACUGGCCAUGAUCAUGGACCGCCUGUAUGGCGGGGUGUGCUACGCUGGCAUCGACACAGACCCUGAGCUGAAGUACCCCAAGGGAGCAGGGCGGGUCGCCUUCUCUAAUCAGCAGAGCUACAUCGCUGCUAUCAGUGCUCGCUUUGUGCAGCUGCAGCAUGGAGAAAUCGAUAAACGGGUGGAAGUGAAGCCAUACGUGCUGGAUGACCAGCUGUGCGAUGAGUGCCAGGGAACUCGCUGCGGUGGAAAGUUUGCGCCGUUCUUCUGCGCCAACGUCACCUGUCUGCAGUACUACUGCGAGUACUGCUGGGCGGCUAUCCACUCUCGCGCCGGACGGGAGUUUCACAAACCCCUGGUGAAGGAAGGAGGCGACCGCCCCCGUCACAUCUCCUUCCGCUGGAACUGAGCGGACGACAGAGAGGGAGAGGCAACAGGGGAGCAGGUAGUGCAGGAGUCGCAAAUCAUUGUACAAAUAAAUGCACUUUUCUGUUGCUGGUUCCUUUUUGCUCUAAUUUCACUGAACCUUUUUUCAUUUUUUUAAGUUAAUAUAUAUCUAUAUUUUGAAGAUAGAAAAAAAAACUGGAAUUAUAUCCAAAUAUGUCCAGCGAGGAAAAAAGAUGUGUAACAUAAUUUUAUUUAUGAGUUUGAUUUUUGAAAUAUUUUUGAUCAGUUCUCAAAAAACCACAUGUAUAGGAACGUUUGAAGUGUGAUAUGGUACUCUUCUUUUCAAUUGGCCUUUUUAAUUUUUUUCUAAACAAUGUAUUUAAUUUAUUUUUUAAGAACUGUCCCAAAAACAAUACACUUAAUUUGACUUUUGAUUGACUUGUUUUGUAGCAGUGCAAAAGCUGUCGUAACAGCAUAUGAUUGGCUAUUUAUUUCUGAGAGGUGUGAUUGAGUUCUCUGUUGACGACAAGAGGCUCCAGAGCAAAUGUGAAUUGAAAACGGUGUUGCUAAAGAAGAGUGCACUUAUUUCCAAUUAGAAAGAGUGCAGAUACAGUAUAUGAGACCCUUAGUAGUUAACCAAAGCGGAAUCUUGAAUUAACUUUGAAGAACAGAGGGGGCCCACUGCAGAAUGAAAUGGAUUCCUUUCCCUCCCAUAUCAAAAUGUUUGAACCUCUCUCUUUUUAUGAUUUCCAACUUCACACAAAUAUUUUGAUGUUACUUGAAAAUCGCAACGAAAAUUUUAGCAACGCAUAUUUGGGUUUUGAUCUCCAUUUUGACAUGCAAAAACUAAUACCUCAAACUCAGCUGCUAAUGUGCCGAUACAGUUAAAAAGAAAGGAUAAAAAAGCAAGAAAGAAAACAUUAUCACCCGCUCGUGUUCUCCUUUCCUUAGAACUAUAAUCAAAGGGAAGUGAUGCAACAGGCAGAGUGUGAUGUGACAGGCACAGUUUUGUACUCACUUGCUUCAUCGCCUCCUUAUUUUUUUAUUCAAAGCCAGGGUUGUGCUAGGGACAGAGCAGAGCAUCGUACAGUAUACAGUGUAUUUGGGGAAUGUAAGGCGGAGGGAGGCUACAGGAGAGACAGAACGGCUUACUGCUAAAGAGAUAAGCCCAGCCCCACUCCCCCUCCUCUGUCUGCCCGCGGCCUCUGCUGCUAAGCUAGCAGCUAACAGAGUGUAGGGCCUCGUUCGUGGAUCAAACCUGCUUUCUGUGUCCAUACACAGCGGGGGUUUGGAUCCAGAUCUUUCAGGACUGAGGUUAAGGUAUCUCCUCGAGAGAAGGGUGGUCAAGUGGCCACCUUUUUUAUUGCAGUUUCUACGGGGCUACCACCAAAUGGAAAAUGCCUGUCCUUUGUUAGUCUUUUUUCGAUGCAUUUGUGCAAUUCUCCCGAGUCUUGAAUGAAAAAAGUCCUACUUUGCAUCUGAGAGUCGGCUACAUUAAAUGCAAGAAGCAAUUAAAGUUUAUCUGAUAUCCCAAUCGUCAGCACACAUUUGAGUCACGGAGGGAUCUGCCCUUUUGGCGAACCCUCUAUCCUUUCUCCUGCCAAGCUAAUCCAACUCAGCAUCCAGUGUUUUUGAAGCAUAAAUGAAGAUAGUCUCUGCAGUGUGCUCUACUACUACACACUUAUGACCCACAUGCAGUUUGCUCUUGAUAACAGUCGGUUGUACCCAGUGGCUUUUUGGGAACCAAAGAUGGCUGUGCAGUAGUGGGUCAUACUGUAGCUCAUUUCCUAUUUAGGUUUUUUUAUUCUUAUGUUCCUUCUCAUGACUUUAAGGACGUUUUUUUUCAUAUAUCUGUUUUUAAAAUUCUGUCACUUCUACCCAGUUUUGCUUAACUGUCAAGCCCAGCAAACCAAAGAUUGGCCUUGAACAUAAUAUAUUUAUAUAUAUAUAUUUGACAGUGCAGUCAAAACCCAUUAGAACACCAGUGGAGAAACAACAGGGCUUGCAGACACACACACACACACACACACACACACACACACACACACACACACACACACACACACACACACACACACACACACACACACACACACACACACACACACACACACACACACCAUAGCUUGAAAUGGAGGUGCAUGCUGGUAGGCACUAGUUCUUUUAAUCUCAAAUAGGUCUGUGGAACGUUUAACAUUAAGUGCACAUUCACACAGCAAAAGUAAAACUAAUCCUCACCUUUGUUUGACGUUUUAAGUAACCUGCUAGCCGAGCAUUUAAAUAUGUCAGGGAGUUAGUACAGAAACUUGAUUAUACACACUAGUGAGAAACCUUUCCUCAUAUGGGCGUGGUGUCGUUGCACCAGUUUUGCACCCUCUUCAUUCGUUUUGUGGGUGUGGUGGGUGAGCAUUUUAGAAGUUAAACACUUUGUGAAGAAUUUGCUGUUAAAUGAGAUGAAAAAAAAAAGAUUAUUUUAUACAUGGCCUGCUGAUUUUUGGUACAGUGUUUUCUAGCUAAAUUAUUUUGUCAUGCACAUAUAAACAUUUAUUAUGCACUACUUUUCUAAAUAUUUUUUCUUUUUCCAACAGUCAUUUUAGGCACAUUUUUCACAAAUGGGGAAACUCCUUUUUGCAAUACCUCAAUUUUUCACAUUGUGAAAGGUAGCUUUUGUACUUUUGUUACUGAGAGAUCUGCAUAUAUGGAAAUGUUCAUUUUAAGAAAAAAGUUGAGUGAUUUCAAUAUAUAUUAUUUUCAAUUAUGCUUUUUAUACAUUUCAGUGCUGAGGAAACUUUACAACUAAGUGCGCACUUGUGUUGAUGCGACUUCACAUCUGCAGAGGAGAGACCAAAGUGUAUUGCUCUCUUGGUCUAAGCUUUUCGUACAUUAGAUGUUUCCAGUCAAUCUGGUCAAUAACAGCAUGGCGAGAAUAAGAAAAAAAAACACAAAAAAAACGACUUGUAAUUUGAAAUUGAUGUUAAUGUCUCUAAACAUGGCUAUACUAGUUGGAAAAUGGUAACUUCUGUCUUGGUUUCCUCUCCAUAGAUGGACUAUAACUUAUUAUAAGGAGAAUGCAAAAUUAGGUUCAGGCUUAACGCUGAAUCUCGUAUCACAAGAAUGGAUGUUUGGUGUUUAGAUAUUUUAAUAUUUCAAAAAAAGUAUAUAUAUAUUCUUGAACUUGCCAACUAGCACCUAUUGUAAUCCUUAGCAUGCAUGACAAAAAAAGAGAAAAUGACAAGUACAUGAAUUAGCUAUUAAAAAUUAAUCGUUGUGGUGUGCACCAAAUGUUUCUCAACUAUUAAGUUGUUAAGGACACCCCAAACCCAUUCACCUCACCCCCCUCCCCCUCCCCACGUGUUGAUCUCCUCGCUUCCCCAUUCGCAGACCUCUGCAGGAUGCACACGAUAGAGAGAAAAGACGAGAAACAAGACAGAAACUUAACUAUAAAUCGAUUUGGCAGUGCAGGACUUUGCAUCCUUUUACAACACUGUUUUAAAAAGACUUGAGAACUCAUCCCCGCUGUCUGUCGAGGUGAUUAUAUAGACCUAUCUGGAGGAAGGGGAGCUUAAAGACUUGAAUGUGGUAAAUGUUGCAAGUUAACUUCAAGUUGUUAUGUGCAAUACUUCUUUUGAACCUUUUUCCAGAUAAAGACUCUUUGCAAUGUAAUUCUUUAAUGCCAUUUUUAAUUGCAGACAUUUAAUUAAAGAAGAUGUUAAUAUGUUUUUCACAGUCAUUUUCUACUGUUAUUGUAAUCCUUUUCAUGCUGGUGUUUGUAAAAAAGAAAAGAAAUCAAACUAUUUGUACUAAUAUAAAUAAUUGAAGUUAUUUUUAAAACAUUAAAGGUUUUGUGCUCAUUUGCUUAUUUUGUUUAUUUUAAGCUACUGUGAUUGAUUGCAUUGUAAUUAUUAGGUCAACAAUGUAUUUAGCUGUUUAUUGGUAUAUUUUUAAUUGGAAUGUAUAAUUGAUUUUUAUAAUUUUGAUCAGAUUUUUGUUAUAUUUUUGAGGUGAAGCUUUUAAUAUGUUAAAGUGUCUAGUUUUUACUAAUUGCUAUAUUGUGCUCCACAAUAUAUGGUUCACAUUUUCUGAAGGAAAAUAAAUAUUUAAAUAUUUGUCUGUUAAUGAUGUUACUUAAUGGCAAGAUUUCAAUAGUUUUUAACUGUGUAUGGGAAGGUUGUUGUAUUUAUUAAUAGCAUUUUUUACUUAAGAUAUCACCUUAAUUUUUAUUGUCAUUUCACUUUAUAAGUUCCUAUUUUUGUAUUUUCCUUUCUAAUUAAGUUAUGUAAUACGGAUAUGUCCAUAUUUCUAGGAGUUGGUCUGUAGAAGUGCUAGUGAAACGAAAAAGAAAAAUCUAAUGUUAUUUAAUUGUUUGCAGCCAACUAUUUAUAACAGUAUGCAUAAUUUUUAAAUAUUUGUAAUGUGAAAUGUUGAAUGAAAUAAAUCUUAACUGUGAUGAAAAAA